AUGGGCUGGUUCAGGACUGCAAAGCAGACGAGCAGUCCCCCAAGCUCCCUCGUCGCCAACGAAAACCCCAACGCGCCAACAUCAAAUAGCCUACACCAGUCUGCCUCUGUCCGAGCACCUCGUGCCGCAUACCUAGGCAAUGGGGCUACCAGGAACAGCACGCCUCUGUACUAUUCCAGCUUCGACAGCGGUUCGCGAAAUGCAGACUCAGCUGCAGCCCGUGAGAUAAAAUGCGAAGUCCUAGCUAAUUGGCUCCAUGCCAAGGCAGAGGAGAAGAUGUGGACUUCUGGCACCGCUGGCGAGGGUGUCUUUGUGAAGAAGACCAAAGGGAGCUACGCGCUUUGUCCCGCUGACCUAGAGACCGAUGAUUCUGGGUUGUAUCAAGCGAUUAUCACACUGAACGUUCGGAUACAGUACGGACAACGUCUGCAGGUCGUUCCCGAUUUCAACGCAUUGCAAUACUGUCAGAAGAAUAUGCAGGCUGCUUUCGUCGCGUCGGAUCAAGCGCUGGUGGUGUGGGAGGAUGAACCAAAGCGACUUUUAGAACGCGCCCAGAGCAUCCAAGAUGCUCUGGUGCAGAUGAUCUGGGGCAAGGAUCUUGCCCAGGUUACUGACAAGGCGGUAGCCAAGAGCAUUGGCCUUGGUGUCAAGGAGGAGUCCGAAAAAUCAUGGGACAUGUUUGACGAUACUCCGGAAAAGCCGCGCAAGCUCAAAUUGUGGCAGUCGGUGUACACAUCGAUCGCUAUACUUAUGCUUACGGUGGCCAUCGGUUCUGGAUGGAGGCAGGUGGCCAUUCAGCAGAUCCACGAACCAAACUGGCUGCGCAUGCUCUUUCUCAUCGCCAUCCCCGGACAGGCUUGGUUGUCUCUGUUCUUCUUCCAGGCUAUCAUCGGCAAUCUUGCCCAAGUGCUCGGGUCCUCGAAAUCACUGAGAACCAACAGCAAGUACUAUUCCAUCAAGCCUCCCGCACGCCUUCAUCGCGAUAUACACGGUCGACUGCCACAUGUGACAAUCCAAAUGCCAGUUUACAAGGAGGGCCUUCACGGAGUCAUCAAACCGACCGUGCAGUCGAUCAAGCAAGCCAUUUCAACGUAUGAGUUGCAGGGCGGAACGGCAAACAUCUUCAUCAACGACGACGGCAUGCAAAUCCUUCCUCAAGAGGAAGCUAUAGAGCGACAGGAGUUUUAUGAUGAGAAUGGCAUCGGUUGGGUCGCUCGCCCAAAGCACAAUCCCAAGCCGACUGAAGGAGAAGCGGAGUUCCAUCGCCGAGGAAAAUUCAAGAAGGCCUCCAACAUGAACUAUGCCUUGCGACUCAGCCUCCAGAUCGAGGACGAACUAGCCAAGGUCGAGCGAUCUGACAAGUGGUCGCAAAUGGACGAGAACGACGCGUACGCAAAGGCACUGCAGACUGUCCUGGCCAGACGUGCAGGCGAGGCAUGGGCAGACGGUAGCAUCCGUGUUGGCGACUACAUUCUGCUUAUCGACUCGGAUACACGUGUUCCCCAGGACUGUCUCCUCGAGGCUGUCAGUGAGAUGGAAGUUUGUCCAGAAGUGGCCAUCCUUCAGUACAUGUCUGGCGUCAUGAAUGUCACCAACACGUUCUUCGAAAACGGCAUCACCUUCUUCACCAACAUGAUAUAUACCAUGAUCAAGUUCGCGGUUGCUAACGGCGACGUUGCCCCAUUUGUUGGGCAUAAUGCCAUCCUUCGCUGGUCCGCUCUACAAGGCAUUUCGUACAACUGCGAGCAAGACCUGUUUGAGAAGUUCUGGUCCGAGAGUACUGUUUCUGAGGACUUUGAUAUGUCGCUGCGUCUUCAAUGCGAGGGCUACACCGUCCGUCUUGCCGCAUACAAGGGCGAAGGCUUCAAGGAGGGAGUUUCCUUGACUGUCUAUGAUGAGCUGAACCGCUGGGAAAAAUAUGCCUACGGCUGCAACGAGCUGAUUUUCAACCCCCUCAAGGACUGGCUCAGACGCGGCCCCUUUACUCGUCUUUUCAUGGUCUUCCUCACCUCCAACAUGCCCUUUCCCUCCAAAAUCACCAUCAUGGCUUACAUCGGCACAUAUUACGCCAUCGGGUCCGCCUGGAUUUUCACCAUCCUCAACUACUUCUUAAUCGGCUUCUUCAACGGCUGGCUUGACCACUACUACAUCGACUCUUUCAAGGUCUACGUCGCCAUUGUCUUUAUCUUCACACUCGUCGGCAACAUCUCCCUCGGCGUCCUACGUUAUCGCGUCGAGGAUCGCGACCUCUUUCAGACGCUCGGCGAGAACCUCAAGUGGAUCCCUAUGCUCACCAUCUUCCUCGGCGGCAUCUCGCUGCACAUCAGCCAAGCCCUGCUUGCACAUUUCUUCAGCAUCGACAUGGAAUGGGGCAGCACAUCUAAGGAAGUCGAGGACAUUACCUUCUUCGAAGCUAUGCGCCACGUUGGCAAGAAGUUCAAGUGGACGUUUGCGUUCUGCGCUGUCAUGACGGCUACGAUGCUGGUGUGUGCUUAUGCGAUCCAGCAGGAUUGGCAGAUCAGGUUAUUGAUUGCUUGCUGGCCCAUGGGCACGGUUAUUGUUACUCAUGCGCUGCUGCCGAUUGUGCUUAAUCCGCAGUUGAUGACAUUUACUUGGUAA